GGUAAAUCGUCAACACAGAAAAUAAGCUCAUCUUAUCAACUCCUCCCAACCCACCUCCAGCAUACCCGAGCAACGCAAUGCCGCGACUGAAGCUACCGCCAGCGAGAAUAAUCUCUCUCGACGCGUACGGCACAAUCUACAUCCCAAGCCCGUCCGUGUCCGAGCAGUAUUCCAAUCUAUACAACGACUACCGCUCGCGUCUGCUGCGUCACGACAUCGACAGCAACAACAGCGCACCACCAGAGCUCUCAGCAGCACAGAUCAACCUCAACUUCAAAAAAGCAUACAAAGCCCGCGCGGCAAGUCAUCCGAACUACGCCGGCGGCGAAACAGAAUGGUGGAUCGCAGUCAUCAAGGAUACGUUCGGGUUUUGCCCUUCUACCACCGUCGAGGAGGAUGACGGCGGCACAGAUCGGUUCGCGAGAGAGGUUUAUGAGAAUUUCAAUUCAAGUAAAGCGUACGCUGUCUACCCCGACAUCAUCCCCUUUCUAUCAACGCUGCUGAGGAAUAAUUCCCCGCCUAAAAUCGGGGUCAUCUCAAACUCAGACUCGCGCUCGCGCACGAUCCUCAGGGGAUUAGGAAUCCUCUCUCCUCCUCCUCCUCUCGAACAGAAUCAGAAAGGAGAAGACGCGCGAUAUUUGAUUGCGAACGACAACGACGUGAUUCUUUCUGCAGAAAUCGGUUUCGAUAAACCCGAUCCCCGAAUCUUCAAAGCUGCAGAGUCCAAAUUGCUUCCUGCUGCUGCUGCUGCUGCUGCUGCUGCUGCUGCUCCCUCCGCCAAGCAACAAGCAGCACAGACAGACGACGACGCCAUCGCUGUCGCGCGCGGCCUUGCGUAUUGGCAUAUAGGCGACGAAUAUGACAAGGAUAUCGCGCCUUUACUCUCGACUCCCGACCUGCGCACCUGGGGCGGUAUCUUCAUCUCCCGUCUCCCCUCACCAUCUCCCUCUUCGUCGAUGGAUAAACCCGAGUCUGAUGAGGAGAGAAAGGUUACGCUGUCGGCAGGGGGGAGGGUACUCACGGUUUCUGAUCUGCGUGAUUUGUCUGCGCUGUGGGGGUCUACAGGCGUGGAUGUCGUUAUUGCAGAAUAG